AUGCAUUUCGUUGGGGGUCAAGGAGAUCAAAAGGAAAAAAAAAGAAAAGAAAGUAUAUUGGAUUUAUCAAAAUAUUUAGAAAAGAGUAUAAGAGUUAAAUUUGCUGGAGGUAGAGAAGCUGCUGGAAUUUUAAAAGGAUUUGAUCCUCUUUUAAAUUUGGUAUUAGACAAUACGACUGAAUUUUUAAGAGAUCCAGAUGAUUCGUACAAAUUAACAGUAGACACGAGAAUGUUAGGUUUAGUCGUGUGCAGAGGUACAUCGGUUGUGCUAAUAUGUCCCACAGAUGGAAUGGAAAGCAUAUCAAAUCCAUUUGUUCAACAAGAAGAAUAA